AAAUAAGGUGGGGGCAGUGAUUCUAUUUAAAUCUCCUCAUUUCGCCUUAAUUUCAAUCAUAUCUGUCUUACAGUUUCAAGUUCACACUCUAUUUAUUGAUAAUUCUCGAAAGCUUAUUAAUUACACGAAAAAAAUGGCUGCUUUGAAGUCAAUCCUAUUUUUAAUGUUACUGUCAAUAAUUUCAUUUAUGAUUGUUCCCUCUGCCAUGGGUUGUAUCGAACGUGGAGGAAGAUGCAAAGAAAACGGACAAGGGGGACUGUGUUGCCGUGGAACACAUUGUCAUCGAGAACCAGGACGGGUUUGGGGAUCCUGCAGGCGUUAAUUAGAUUUUAAGAGAAGUAAAAUCCUAAUUAAUUAAUCUUUAACGAAUAAUGCCUCAAAAAAAAGUUCAAUAAAAUAUGUCAUAUUUUUACAAUGUACGAUAACUAAUAAAUUCUUUUUUAUUUCUAAAUUGAAAAUAAAAUUACCAUUAUGAAAGAA